AUGCUCCAUGAGUCACACAGCACUCCCACCGCCGAAGUCGCACCGAUUAUUAGAAGUCCUUUACUAGAAGAGUUCCGGAGCAACAAGAACAAAAAGUAUGAGCUCAAGGAUAUUGUCAAUCACGUUGUCGAGUUUAGUGGAGAUCAGCAUGGAUCCCGGUUUAUUCAACAAAAGCUCGAAACGGCCAGUAGUGACGAUAAACAGUUGGUGUUUGACGAAAUACUUCCUAAUUGUUUGCAGUUGAUGACCGAUGUGUUUGGUAACUAUGUGAUCCAGAAGCUGUUUGAGCAUGGAAACCAAGGACAGAAAUCGGUUCUUGCCAAACAGAUGGAGGGACAUGUCCUUUCGCUAUCGCUGCAGAUGUACGGUUGCCGCGUUGUACAAAAGGCUCUUGAGCACGUCUUGAAUGACCAGCAGGCCAUUCUCAUUCGUGAGCUUGAGGGCACGGUCCUCAAGUGUGUAAAGGACCAGAAUGGAAAUCAUGUAGUCCAAAAAGCAAUUGAACGCAUACCUGCCCAGCACAUUCAGUUCAUCAUUGAUACUUUCCACGGUCAGGUAUUUCACCUUGCUACCCACCCCUAUGGCUGCAGGGUGAUUCAACGCAUGUUUGAGCACUGCCCAGAAGAUCAAACCAGUCGUCUAUUGGAAGAACUGCACCGUAAUACAAGUCAGCUCGUUCAAGACCAAUACGGCAAUUAUGUGAUCCAACAUAUUCUUGAACAUGGCAAGGCUGCCGACAAGACUUUAAUAAUCGGCAAGAUUCGCGGACAUGUUCUCCAGCUGAGUAAGCACAAGUUUGCCAGUAACGUGGUCGAGAAAUGCGUUGCUUUUGGUGGCAAGCAAGAUCGACAGUUGUUGAUCGAAGAGGUUCUCCUGACACGAUCUGAUGGAACAUAUCCUCUUAUGUCCAUGAUGAAGGACCAGUACGCCAAUUAUGUGGUCCAAAAGAUGCUCGAUGUUGUUGAUGGGGAGCAGCGUGAACUGUUGGUCAAUAAGAUCAAACCUCACUUGCCUGGUCUCAAGAAGUACACUUAUGGAAAGCAUUUGAUCAACAGUAAGUUGGUUUUUGAUUAUUGUUAG